AUGAAUCCAGUGUUUCGUCAGCUUUCUGCAGCUCUAUCGACUGCCAGCUUGAGAGGUUCGGUAUGGUACGGGGUUGAUGUACAUUCACGACGGCUGCAUCGAUCCAUCUCUGCGGCUCGAACAGUCACUUCCCAGACGCAUCGACAUUAUUGCUGUUUUGAGAUGAAACCGAAAGUGUACGUGACCCGAAACGAUUAUGCCAGAAUUGGGUUGGAUCUAUUAAGAGAAGAAUGUGACAUAUCACUGUGGGACGAAGCUUAUCCUGUGCCGAGGGAUGAAUUUCUCAAAAAUGUGGCGGGAAAAGAUGCAAUCUACUGUUCACUGAACGAUCGCAUCGACAAGGAGUUGCUCGAUCAGGCUGGACCCAAUCUUAAGGUCAUUUCUACCAUCUCAGUUGGUUAUGAUCAUAUCGAUGUGAAAGAAUGCAAACAGAGAGGAAUUCGUAUUGGCUACACACCGGAUGUGCUGACGGACGCAACGGCCGAACUGACCGUUGCCUUGCUGCUGGCAACAGCGCGUCGAUUAUUGGAAGCAAACAAGCAAGUUCACACUGGCGGCUGGAAAUCGUGGUCUCCGAUGUGGAUGUGUGGCAAGGGAGUAAAAGAUUCGCUGGUGGGAAUUUUUGGCUUCGGCCGCAUCGGUCAAGAGGUGGCAAAACGUUUAGCACCGUUUAAACCAGCGCGGAUUCAGUUCACGAGUCGCACGGAUAAAUUUCUCACAGCCGAGGAUUUGGGCGUCACGCAAGUUCCGUUCGAUGAGUUGAUCGAAACGAGUGAUUUCCUCAUCAUUGCCUGUUCGUACAAUGUGGAAACGGCCAAUCUGUUCAACGACGCCGUGUUUUCGCGCAUGAAACCUUCGGCAAUCUUAAUUAACACCAGCCGGGGUGGAGUGGUCGAACAGCACGAUUUGAUUCAUGCUUUACGUGCGGGUAAAAUACAGGCAGCCGGACUGGACGUCACUACACCCGAGCCAUUGCCUCUGGAUAAUCCACUGCUAACGCUCCCAAACGUUGUGGUAUUACCUCACAUUGGCAGUGCCGACAUCGAGACUCGCAUUGAAAUGUCGCGCAUAACAGGGUGCAAUAUCUUGGCUGGCUUGAAGGGUGUAAAAAUGAUUUCGGAAGUUUAA